CGUAGAAAAAAAAAGCAAAAAAGUGCAAGUGGAUUUGGAUCCGUAAUUUUUCUUAAAUUUUACUUAUUUUCCGCGAUAAUUCGUUAUGGAAACAAGUGAAAAUGUUAAUCCAGUGGUCGCUGAUGUUCAACAACCUGAAGGAGUGCCGGAAACGGCACCGGCCGUUGUGGAAAUUGCAAAUAAUAGUGAUACCCCCGCCGCCGUAGCCAUAGCAGUGCAACAUCAACAAGAGCAGCCACAGCAGCAGCAGAAAACUGAAGAAGCUCUUCCGGUACCAACAGGAACGGCUGAUCCAGCAGUGCCCGUCGUCGCUCCGAUAGCUAUCGAACCCAAAGAAAAGGUGCCUUUGCUGGCUAAUCCACCGUCGCUGUUGAGAGGGAUUCCUCCAAACUUCAUCAGAGGUGUGGCCCCGGGCAAAGUCGGAAAUUUUGCGGCAAUGGCUCCGGGAAGUGUUUCCCAACCGCCUCCGCUGCUGGCCACACCACAAGUGCAACCACCGGAACUUUGGGUGGAAACCAAAACUGCGGAAGGCAAGUCGUACUACUACCAUGCAAUGACGCGGGAAACGACGUGGUCCCGUCCGGAUGGACCGAACAUCAAGGUGAUGACGCAGGCGGAAGUCGAAGCCAUGAACAAGCCUCAACCGAAACCACUGCUGGAGCUCAAGAUAGAGAAUCCGAUGGCGGCCUUUACCAGUGCAUCGAUUGCCGCGACCACUUCUGCCGCCGUCCAGGCAGCGGUCACAACGGCGGCUUCGGUCCAUCGAUUUUCCGGACCGCCUCCGGCUUUCAUGGGAGGAAUGCCUCCUUUUGGUUUACCCCCUCCAGCGUUUCCCAAUUUUCCGCCAUGGAAUCAAGCGGCGGCGGCCGCAGCUGCUGCUGCAGUGGCCGGGGCUGGUGCUGGAGCUGCAGGUGGACAUUGGCCACCCGCGGCGGCGGCUCCGUCUCCGCUGAUGGAUCCGCUCAAGGCUAUCGCUGAGAUUAAAACGAGCGAAGUGGAUCCGGGUAUUGCGGCCAAGGCGACGGAGUGGACCGAGCAUAAGGCACCGGACGGACGAGCUUACUAUUAUAAUGCGUCCAAGGGGGAGAGCGUUUGGGAGAAGCCGCAGGCGAUCAAGGAUUUGGAAAUGGCAAAAUUGGCACUGUACAACGCACGGCAAAAACCGAAAGUGAUUCCUCCCUUCAUCGCUCCGCCUGUCCCGCCGCAGAUGCCCAUCAUCCCGCCGCUGGCAUCGGCAGCAGGAAUAUCUCAAGCACUGGGAGCUGGGGUAAAGAUUCAGCAAUUCCCCCCUCAGCUGGCCGGAGCAUCCGGAGCAGCGAUUCGGUUGCAACAGAUACCCGGCGCCCCCGGGAUGGUAUUUGACCAGAUUGGAUUUCUAACCAAGAACGACAAACUGGAGGAAGAGAAGAAGAAAAAGGCCGAGGCGGAAAAGAAAAAGAAGGAAGAAGAGGAGAAAGCGAAGGCCGCAAAACCUCAGGACAAGAGCCGUCCCAUCUCGAGCACUCCGAUCAGCGGAACGCCCUGGUGUGUGGUUUGGACCGGUGACGGCCGGGUGUUUUUCUACAAUCCGUCUUCGCGGACUUCGGUCUGGGAACGACCGGAGGAUCUUAAGGAGCGGGCCGAUGUGGACAAGGCGAUUUCUGUACCGCCACAGCAGCUGCUGGGAAACGUUCCGAAAGAGGCAAGUGUCGAAGCGGUUGCUAAACCCGCUGCGAUCUUGGAACCGGUCGAGAAACCUUCGGAUUCGGAAUCAAGCGCCGAGGAGAGCGAAGAGGUGCCCAGCAAAAAGUUCAAAACGGACGUGGAAGCGGCCAUUAAGACAUCACAGACGGCAGCGGCCAGCAGCAAAAGCGGCAACGAUCCGGAGAAGGAAGCCCUUGCAAUGGAAGCGGAAGCGCGUGCUUCGAGGGAACGUGCUCUGGUACCGUUGGAUGUCCGGAUGAAGUCCUUCAAGGAAAUGCUCAAGGAGAAAGAGGUGUCUGCCUUCAGCACCUGGGAGAAAGAACUGCACAAGAUUGUGUUCGAUCCGCGCUAUUUGCUGUUGACGUCUAAGGAGCGGAAGCAGGUGUUCGAAAAGUACGUUAAAGAUCGAGCCGAGGAGGAACGCAAGGAGAAGAAGAACAAAAUGAGGCAGAAACGGGACGAGUUCCGCGCUCUGUUGGAGGCGGCCAAUUUGCAUGGAAAGUCAUCAUUCAGCGAAUUUGCCCAGAAAUAUGGUAAAGACGAUCGCUUCAAAGUGAUCGAGAAGAUCCGUGAACGGGAAAGUCUGUUCAAUGAAUUCCUCAUUGAGGUACGCAAACGUGAAAAGGAGGACAAGCAGAAUCGACGAGAGCAGAUUCGCAAGGACUUCCUGGCGAUGCUUCGGGAACACAGUGAGAUCAGCCGUCAUUCGCGGUUUCACGACGUCCGUAAGCGGCUAGAAUCGGACAGCCGUUAUCGGGCCAUAUCCGACUCAGCUCUGCGUGAAGAUCUCUUCGAGGAGCACAUCAAAUAUCUGAAGGACGAAAAGAAACGAGCCAAGGAGAAGGACCGCAAAAAACGCGAUCGUCGAUCCAGUGAUCGCCGUGGAUCUUCACGGGAUCGAUCGGAAUCAAAGGAACGUAAUCAGGAGGAUGGCGAGCACCCGCAGACGUCGGACGACGAAGCCGAGCGGCAGCAGAAGGAGCGCGAGAGGAGACUCCGCGCCGAGGCAAGUAUAAAAGAGCGUGAAAAAGAAGUCCAGCGGACGCUGGCUACCCAUCUUAGGGACAGGGACAAGGGACGUCAACAGCACCAACGGGACGAGGCCAUCCGGCACUUCAACGCGCUGCUGGCCGAUUUGGUUCGGAAUGCGGAUCUCACCUGGAAGGAAGUGAAGAAACAGCUGAAGAAGGAUCAUCGCUGGGAGCUGGUCGAGCUGCUCGAUCGUGAAGAUCGCGAAGGACUUUUCAAUCAGCACAUCAACAACCUGGCGAUGCGGAAACGCGACAAGUUCCGCGAGAUGUUGGAUGAAAUCCCAUCGCUAGAACUGACCAGCCAGUGGAGGGAGGUCAAGAAGGUUGUCCGCGAGGAUCCUCGCUAUUUGAAGUACAACAGUAGCGAACGGUGCGAACGUGAGUUCCGCGAGUACAUCAAGGACAAAACCAUGAACGCCAAGCUGUCGUUCCGCGAGCUGCUCAAGGAGUGCAAAUUCAUCACCCACAAGAGCUGGGACACGUACCAGGAAAAUGGGAACCACCUGCGCGAGAUCGAGGACAUUCUGCGGAACGACAAGCGCUACCUGGUGCUAAACCACAUGCACGUCGACCGGACGCAGAUGAUCCUGGGCCACCUGGAGGAUUUGCACAAGAAGGGACCGCCCCCGCCACCGACGGCCAGCGAGUCCUCCCGGAGGAAGUAGUAGGUAGGUGGAUACAUGUUGUACGUAAGUACCCUUUUUGGGCGAGUGGGGCCGAACCGGUAUGUAUUCAUCUGUUUUCUUAUAAUUGAAGCUUAAAAUAAUUCCACCGAGGACGCACGGUGGGCGAUAGUUUGUAGGAUUAUUUUAAUCUUAUUUGCUUGUCUUGAGACAUCUCAUACAAUAUAGUAACUUUUGAAGAGACGGUGAACCAAUACUGGAUUCAACGCCGAUGGUGUUGUUGAGGUUAGACAUAGAAAACUGGUUUGAAUUACGGCCAGUAAUAUUAAAAAACGAAUAAAAUGAAAGUUUAAUAAAAAUGCAGAUUAAAUGCAAUCUGUGGAAAAAAAAUCA